GCGGCGGGCGCCGGACCCCCAGGUGGAGCGACAGGUCUCGGGCCCUCAGGCGGAGCGACAGGUCUCAGACCCCCAGGCGGAGCGGCGGGUGCCGGACCCCCAGGCGGAGCGACAGGUCUCAGGCCCCCAGGCAAAGAGGCGGGCACCGAGUCACCAGGCACGACAGUGGGCUCCGAGUCAACUGGCAUGACCGCUGGCACUGGGUCAGACAUUGGAUCGUCUGGCUGGACAGCGGGCAUCGGGUCACCAGGCAUCAGGUCAUUUGGCUCGACAGCGGGCACCGCGUCAUCUGGCAAAGGCAGUGGCCUCCGAGUCAACUGGCACGACAGUGGGCACCGGGUCAUCAGGUACCGGAUUGUCUGGCUCGACAGCGGGCAUCGGGUCACCAGUAGAGGCUUCAGGCCGAGUAGAGGCUUCAGGCCGAGUAGAGGCUUCAGGCCGCGUACAGGCAUCAGGCUGCGUACAGGCAUCAGGCUGAGUACAGGCAUCAGGCUGAGUAGAGGAUUC